AUGGCUAGAGGACCAAAGAAGCAUCUAAAGAGAUUAGCAGCUCCACACCAUUGGUUAUUGGACAAGUUGUCCGGUUGUUACGCCCCAAGACCAUCUGCUGGUCCACACAAAUUGCGUGAAUCCUUGCCAUUGAUUGUCUUCCUAAGAAACAGAUUAAAGUAUGCUUUGAACGGUCGUGAAGUCAAGGCUAUCUUGAUGCAACGUCACGUCAAAGUUGAUGGUAAGGUUAGAACCGAUACCACCUACCCAGCUGGUUUCAUGGAUGUCAUCACUCUAGAUGCCACCAACGAAAACUUCAGAUUGGUCUACGACGUCAAGGGUAGAUUCGCUGUUCACCGUAUUACCGAUGAAGAAGCUUCUUACAAAUUGGGUAAGGUUAAGAAGGUCCAAUUGGGUAAGAAGGGUGUUCCAUACGUUGUUACCCACGAUGGUAGAACUAUCAGAUACCCAGACCCAAACAUCAAGGUCAAUGACACUGUUAAGAUCGAUUUGGCCUCUGGUAAGAUUACUGAUUUCAUCAAGUUCGAUGCCGGUAAGUUAGUUUACGUUACUGGUGGUCGUAACUUGGGUCGUAUCGGUACUAUCGUUCACAAGGAAAGACACGAUGGUGGUUUCGAUUUAGUUCACAUCAAGGACUCCUUGGACAACACUUUCGUCACUAGAUUGAACAAUGUCUUCGUCAUUGGUGAACAAGGUAAGCCUUACAUUUCUUUGCCAAAGGGUAAGGGUAUCAAGUUGUCUAUUGCUGAAGAACGUGACAGAAGAAGAGCCCAACAAGGUUUGUAA